AAAAUGCUACAUCCAAUUUCCUGUAUAUGACUCACGCGAUUGGCACCUCGGGCCGUGCCACGCCCAUUCCGAUACCCGCUUCCCGUACGCCGGUUUCUUUCUAUUUUCCCCCAAAACAUCACCUCUUCCUCGUGACUUUUCCUUCUCUUCUCGACUCCUUUCUUCCAAUUUCCUCUAGAUUCCUGCUAGAGACCCCAAUCUCCGGCCCCUCGCCCUCUCCAAUCCCUAUCCGGUUCCGUCAACGGUUCCUCCCGAUCGGUUAAUUCCUUCUUUUCUCCCAGAGAUCGGAAAAUUAGGGUUUCUCAUCAUGUUUUUUUCGUGGAUAUCGUAUGCUUUCUUUGUUUGUUUAUUUUAAGGUUCUUUAGCUGAUUGUGAUCCGCGAUCCGUGGAUUUGGCUAUCAUACUAUUGGAGUACUUGCGUCUAGAGCGGAUUUUUACUAGCGGGAUGCGUGCCGGGCAAAGAUACCUUGUUUUUAUAGGCUUUCGAGUGGAUUCAUGCCUUUCUUAGCGCUUUAAUUGGGAUUUUAAGAUUCUAGGAGCUUAGGGCUUAUUGUUAUAUUUCAUUCUUGGAUAUGGAUUCGAGCCGGAGAGCCGUGGAAGCGUACUGGAGAUCUCGCAUGGUUGAUGGAGUGACGACGGACGAAGAUAAGGUCGCCCCCGUCUACAAGUUAGAGGAGAUCUGUGAGCUGUUGAGGACCUCUCCUGCGGGCAUCGUAAAGGAGGUCUCGGAUUGUAUUCUCAAACGGCUUGAUCACAAGAGCCCCAUCGUCAAGCAGAAGGCAUUGCGGCUGAUCAAGUAUGCAGUGGGAAAGUCCAGCAAUGAGUUUAGAAGGGAAAUGCAACGGCACUCAGCGGCUAUUCGACAGCUUUUUCAUUACAAAGGCCAGUUGGAUCCCCUGAAAGGAGAUGCCCUAAAUAAGGCUGUCCGUGACACUGCUCAUGAGGCAAUCCAAGCUAUUUUUGCUGCUGAUGACUACAAGGUAGCGGCACCAGUAGAAGGUCUCAACAAGCGCAUCCAAGGCUUUGGUAAUGCAAAUUUUGAGAUGCCUACGGAAGAUAGGAAAUCUUUUCUCAGUGAAGUGGUGGAACUUGGUAGUGCCUCCAUCAGGCAGGGACUGAGCACCAUUACUGCAGCCCAUGGCAUAAGGAAGGUCGAUAAUGGGAGUUACAGAAGCCCAAACCUGCGAAGGUCUUUGACAACAGAAAGAGAUAGCCAUGGUAAAUAUGAAGGCGAUGAGCACCAUAGGGAAGGCUGGACUUCUUCUGGAGUCUCAGAAAAUGUGGCUUCUGGAACAUGGAGUCCGGCUUUGAGAAUGACCAUAACAGGGACAGCAACACAUGAGGAUACUGAUUCAAGUCACUCUGGGGUUAAGAGUCAUGAAGAGAAACUUUUGGAGACUAUAGUCACUUCAGGAGGUGUUCGUCUACAACCAACUCGUGAUGCUUUUCAGGCUUUUCUUGCCGACGCAUCAAAACUGGAUGCAGUGGCUAUGAGUCAUGCACUUGAGAAGAAGCUCCAAUCUCGUUUGUGGCAGGUCCGAAUGAAGGCUAUCUGUGUACUGGAAUCAAUUGUGAGGAAAAAGGAUGAUGAGCAUUGUUCUAUUAUAGCAUCUUAUUUUAGUGAAAACAAAGAUUCUGUGGUCAGAUGUUCUCAGUUACCUCAAGUCUCUCUGAGGGAGAAGGCAAUUAAGGUCUUAAGUCUCCUAGAUGGGGAGCAGUCUCCUGGAGCAAGGAUCGAAGGCGAGCUUUCAGGUGCAAAAACUACGCCUGCCCCGAUUAUUCAGAUGCCUGACUUAAUUGACACAGGUGACCCAGAUGAUCACGGAAAUGAAGCUUCCACUCGUAAGCAGGGGAAUCAAAGCACUGGGAAUCUAACACAGCCUGCUUCUUUGGUUGAUGAUCUUUUUGGAGACAUUCCUGUUGCUGGACUAAGCACAACUGGGGGUGAAAAUGAAGACAAUCCAUUUGCAGACGUCUCAUUUCAUGUCACAGAAGACAAGGAGCAUAAUGACCUUUUCUCUGGAUUGACAGUUGAUGAUAAGAAAUCUGGUAUUGAACUCAAUCUGCCUGCCAGUGGUACAUCUGAAUUGCCCAAUGCUUUUGGUGUCAACUCUGGGCAGCUUCUACAGGAUGCAGUAGCAGAUAAAAAGGAUGUGAAUGAUUUGAUGGCUGGGUUGGCUCUUAAUGCAAUGGCCCAAGAUAACAAACAACCUGGACCUGCUGGAGCAACUGGAGGUGCCUUUCCAGGAUUCACUUUGUUGGAUGAAAGCAGUCAAUCAAGCCAGCCUCCUACAAAUGGAGCAUUGAAUGGUAUCUUUGGUUCAAGUGCCUUGUACGCUCAGGCUCCCAUGCACUAUGGGAUCUCUCCAAACAUUAUGUUCAAUCCAGCUUUUGCUUCCCAGCCAAUGAAUUAUGGCGCAAUAGGAGCUCUCAUUGCUCAACAACAACUAUUGUUUCAAAACCUUGGGAAUCUCAACACUGGAUUUGGGCAUGUAGCUGGGAAUGCCAAUGAAGGAGGUUACUCUUCACCCCUCCCUGAUAUCUUUCAGCUUUCAAAUAAUCCAGUUCAAAGCCAUGGUCCAAUCAUGAACAGCUCGAAGAAAGAGGAGACUAAAGCUUUCGAUUUUAUAUCGGAUCAUCUUGCAGCUGCCCGUGAUUCAAAGAGAGUUCUUUGAAGCUUUUAACAGCAAAUGUUUUAAGCCGAGUGACACUACCUAAAGGAUGGAAACUGGUUUGGUGCUUGAUGGAAGUGCCUCGGGUCAUUCUUUUGCAAUAAUGGAAAUCGCGCCACAAGGCAUGAGUCAUACUACCCCUUGUCAAUUUUCUUGUUGUACUGUCAGAUAUAUGGUGGGAAAUGCGAAGGUGUUGUAGAGGAUGGUUUGAGUUGCUAUAUUUGACUGUGAAAUUUGGUCAGGUGCGAUUUGCUAUUUUUCGUCUCCUCCUUUAAUAAAUAUCCUUUGGGACUGGUUUCGCUUGUGUCGCUUGUAGUAAUUUGCAUGCAGGUGAAACGAGCUUCUGAAAUAGAUUUUUUUUUUCCUAUUA